UAUUCUACUUGUGCUGUGUGCCGUCUUCUUCACCCAGCUGUCUCUUUUAUUCCACGCACCCCCUCUUUUCCCUCUUACUCCCCGCAAAAACAAAGUUGAUAACCCAAAAAAAAAAAAGAGAGAAUCCCAAGGCUUUAACUAUUUAAGGGACCUGAAACAAAUGCUGUUAAUUUGUUUUUUUUUUGCCUCCUUCCUCAAAUGUGUGUAUGCUGUGUGGACAACGAUAGUCAGCGAUACGAUGCGUCGUCUAAUGUAAUGUAAGGUGCAGGUGACCCCAAAUCAACAGGUGUCGAAUAUGUUUCAUACACAAAAGCUUUUAUAGUCUUCCACUUUCAUUUCCAUUCUUUUCUUUCUCUCUUUUUUCUUUUCAUUUGAUAACUAACAUAACCACUAGAAAACAACAAUGAGAUUGCUAGCGCUGUCAGCGAUUGUUCUUGCCAGUCUGAACGCACUGUGCACAGAUGCGGCUGUUGCUAGAGUGCCGAUUAAAAAGAUACAGGAGACGUCGGCAGAGCGAAUUCACCGGUUUGCGCAUACAGGCGACUAUCUCAAACAGAAAUACAUGGGCAACCACCAUGACCACACGAUGGAGAGUACGUUUCAAGUUGGCCCCGACGGCCGCGUGGAGCAUGGCGUGCCGCUGUCCAACUACAUGAAUGCGCAAUACUAUGGCGAAAUUGAAAUCGGCACACCGCCGCAGCCCUUCACUGUUGUGUUUGACACGGGCUCAUCCAACCUGUGGGUCCCCUCGACCCACUGUAACUCGAUUGCUUGCUUCUUGCAUCGUCGCUAUAGCUCUGACCAGUCCGAAUCGUUUCAAGAGAACGGCACCGAAUUUGCUAUCCGAUACGGCACGGGAUCGUUGGAAGGUUUCAUCAGUGAGGACAUCUUGACGAUGGGCGGUGUCACAGUAACAAGUCAAGGUUUUGCCGAAUCUGUCAAAGAGCCCGGCUUUACAUUUGCACUUGCCCGCUUUGACGGUAUCUUGGGCUUGGGCUUCCACACAAUUGCUGUACAAGGUGUCAUUCCACCCUUCUACCAUAUGGUCGAGCGCGACCUGAUCGACGAGCCCGUCUUUUCUUUUUACCUCGGCAAAGAUCCAGAAAACGGCCAAGAAGAAGAAGAAGAAGGACAGGGCGGCGAACUUGUCCUCGGCGGUGUUGACCCCACCCAUCUUGUGGGCGACAUCCACUGGUCACCUGUACGUCGUCAAGGCUACUGGGAAAUCGAUCUCGAGGAUAUCAAGUUCAAUGGCGAGUAUGCUGAGCUCGGCUCGGUGGGUGCUGCCAUCGACACCGGAUCGUCACUGAUUGUCACGCCCACAACCGUGGCUGAGCUGAUCAAUCGAGACUUGGGCGCUGAAAAGAACUGGGCUGGCCAGUAUGUGCUUGAUUGCAAUGCCGUCCCUGAUUUGCCAGAGUUUUGUCUCGUCUUUGCUGGAAAGGAGUUUUGUCUCCAACCAGAGGAUUAUGUCCUCCAAGUCCAAGGACAGUGCAUGUCCGGUUUCAUGGGAAUGGACAUUCCCGAACCUAUGGGACCUCUUUGGAUCAUCGGUGAUGUUUUCCUUCGCAAAUAUGUAUCGGUCUAUGACCUUGCCAACAGCAGAGUUGGACUAGCUUUAGCAGCGUAGUAAGAUGGUGUUGAGUGACAUGAACAAAUAAAUGAACAACAUGAAAUUGAUGGUGAUUUUAUGGUAUAUCAAACGUUACAUCUUUUCAAAAGCAAAUGCCAAGUACACCCCUACGUCAUUUAACAGGCUCUAGCGUUAGAUAUAAUUUUCCCACUUUCUGUAGUGUUGAUAUGUAAAAAUAAACUUACGUGCUGCUUCCCACUCUUCCUCACUCAUUUCGGAUUGACUGCCACCCACAACACCAAUCUUC